CUGCAAUAAAUAUGUUGCGGCACAAGGUCUGUAGAGGCAUAUUCGGUAUCAGCCAGGGUAGUAUAGCGACUUACUCGCCAACCUGUCCGCAGUUAUUACAUAGCAAUCUAGCAAUCAAAAGUUUGUACCCUAAACGGAGUGCCCAAACACGACAGUUUUCACACACAACCACCAACAAGAUGACUUUACAGGAUCCCAAAGGCGACUACGUGAACGUAGCUUCAUUGAGGGUAAACAGAGGCCUAUACCAAUUCGUAGAAAAUGAAGUGGCUCCUAACACAGGUGUAGACGUUGCGCACUUCUGGGAAUGUUUAUCCAAUGUUGUAAGCAAGAUGGCACCCCGCAAUGAGGAGCUUCUGAAGAAGCGCGAUAGUUUACAGAAACAGAUCGACGAAUGGCACCUUGCUCGCAAGGGUCAGGAGUAUGAUGCUGCCGAAUACAAGCAGUAUCUGAUGGACAUUGGCUACUUGCUUCCAGAAGGCGAGGCAUUUAAGGUAACCACCUCGAAUGUCGACCCUGAGAUCGCUUCUAUCGCCGGCCCUCAGCUGGUUGUACCAAUCAACAACGCUAGAUAUGCUCUGAAUGCUUGCAAUGGCCGCUGGCAGUCUUUGUUCGAUGGUUUAUAUGGCACAAACGCCGUGUCUGAGACUGGCGGAGCGCAAAAGGCCGGUGGGUUUAACCCCAGGCGCGCACUGAAGGUAUUCGAAUGGGUAGAUAACCUUCUGGAUGAGGUCAUGCCGUUGGCAGAUGGUGCUUCCUGGGCUCAGACUAAGGCUUUCUCCGUUGAAUCCGAGAAGCUAUGUAUUGAAUUAACCGACGGUAAGAAGGUGGCGCCUAAGGAAGAUAGUGUUUUCGCGGGAUACCUUGGAGACGCCGCCAAGCCCACUUCCGUGCUGAUCAAGAACAAUAACCUGCACAUGGAGUUGAAGUUCAACGCUGACGGUGCGGUCGGAGCUGAGCAUCAUGCACAUAUCAAUGACAUCCAGAUCGAGUCCGCCAUCACGGCUAUCAUGGAUUGCGAGGAUUCGGUCACAGCCGUUGACGCAGAGGACAAGGUUGCUGUGUACAAAAACUGGACUGGGCUCAUGAGGGGCACACUGAGCGCCUCAUUCCAGAAGGGUGGUAAGACGCUUGAGCGCGUGCAGAACUCUGAUCGUGUUUUCAAAAGCCCCGGAGGAUCGGAGGAUGUUUCUCUGAAAGGACGCUCCUUGCUGCUCGUGCGUAACGUAGGUAUGCAUAUGUACACCGACGCGGUAACCACCGCAGGUGGCGAUGACAUUCCUGAAGGAUUCUUGGAUGCGUUUGUAACCAUCCUGGCCGCCAUCCACGAUGUGAAGGGCAACGGAAAGUACGCCAAUAGUGUCAACGGAUCUGUAUACAUUGUUAAGCCUAAACAACACGGACCUGAGGAAGUCGCAUUCACGUGCGAGCUAUUCACUGCCGUAGAGCAAGCACUGGACUUGCCCAAGAACACCGUGAAGAUUGGCGUUAUGGACGAGGAAAGGCGUACCACUAUUAACUUGUACGAGUGCAUUCGUGAAGCUAAGGAGCGAAUUGUAUUCAUCAACACUGGUUUCCUCGACCGUAUGGGUGAUGAGAUCCACACGAGUAUCGAGGCCGGACCCGUUGUAGCGCUUAAGAAUCUGCGCAAGGUGAAGUGGUUGCCUGCCUACGAAGCUUGGAACGUAGACUGCGGUAUUGCCGCUGGUUUGGUCGGUACAGCCCAGAUUGGCAAGGGGAUGUGGGCCGCACCCGACUCCAUGGCCGAGAUGCUGGAGCAGAAGAUUGGUCACUUGAAGCAGGGCGCGAAUACCUCGUGGGUACCGUCCCCUAUUGCUGCGUCUCUGCACGUCACACACUACCACAGAGUGAACGUGCAGGAGACCCAAGAGGCGCUCAAAAGCCGCUUGCGUGCACCGCUGGAUGAUAUUCUGACCCCACCUCUCACGGACAGAGCUGACCUGAAUCCCGAGGAUGUGCAGAAAGACUUGGAGGCUAUGGCCCAGAGUAUCCUGGGUUACGUUGUGCGAUGGAUUGACAUGGGUGUUGGGUGCUCAAAGGUACCUGAUAUUCAUAACAUAGGUCUGAUGGAAGAUCGGGCGACUUUGCGUAUCUCAUCGCAGCAUCUAGCCAAUUGGCUGCACCACGAGAUCAUAACCAAGGAUCAGAUCAAGUCAGCCUUUGAAAAGAUGGCAGCCGUCGUUGACGAGCAAAACUCUUCCGACCCUGCAUACAAGGCUAUGGUAGGUACAUUUGAAGACAAUAUCGCAUUCCAAGGAGCCUUGCAACUUGUAUUCAAAGGUAGAGAGGUCAGCAAUGGAUACACGGAACCAGUGCUACACGCGUCUCGUCGAAAGUACAAGGCCACCAACCGAAAUUAGAUGCGGAUUGGCAAGGAAAUUUGUGAGCGGUGAUUACUUUGACCGAAGAAUGUUUGGUCUCGCAUAUAAAUUUCAUAAGUUGCUGAAACCAAAUUGCCAAGUAGAGUCACGUGCGAGUACUGCGAGAAUAUAAACAUAUAUAUCCGUUCAAAAUCAUAGUGUUUGAUACGCUUCCAAGGUAAUUUGUCACGAUGGAAGAAAUAAGGGGUAAUCGUAUUGGAAAUGCUAAUAAGAACAUCA